AUGGAGGAGUACCAUUGCCACUGUUAAGAGGUUGGCUUCUAUGCUGAUAAAGCUCACAAUAUUGUCAAAGAAUGUGUAGAUGGGGUCUUAGGUGAUGAAAAUUAUAAUCAGAACAACAUCAACCAAUGGACCGCAAGCAUAGUGGAACAAUCUUUAACCCACUUGGUUAAGCUGCGGAAAGCUUACAAAUAUAUUAUGACCUGUGCCAUGGUCCAGAAGAGUGCAUGUGGCUUUCAAACAGCCAGCUCUUACUUUUGGGAUACUACAGCUGAUGGAACCUGUACCAUAAGAUGGGAGAACGGGACCAUGAACUGCAUUGUCAAUGUUUUUGCCUUGCUAUUGUUCUGCAACUGACUAAAAAUGUUGGGCUAAGGCCAUUAAAUUAAAAAUUUGUC